UUUAUAUUUGACUUCCUUCAGGGUUCUGUUAUAAUACAAGGUCUGGAAGAAAUAGUAGUCAAGAGUAAAGAUGAAGUUUAUGAGAUCUUGGAGCGCGGAGCAUCCCGACGUCAGACAGCUGCUACACUCAUGAAUGCCUUCUCAAGUCGGUCUCACUCUGUAUUUACUGUCACAAUUCACACAAAGGAAAACACAAUAGAUGGUGAGGAGCUGCUGAAGACAGGAAAACUGCACCUGGUUGAUUUAGCAGGUAGUGAAAACAUUGGGCGAUCUGGAGCAGUAGACAAGAGGGCUCGGGAAGCCGGGAAUAUAAACCAGAGCUUACUCACCCUUGGACGUGUCAUAACUGCCCUUGUUGAACAUGCCCCUCAUAUUCCAUACAG